AUGAAGUUCUCUCUUCUCCUUACGGCUUCUGCCUUUAUCUCAACUGUUGUUGGUAGCGCUGUCCCUUUUGAGAGGAUUGAUAAGAAUGAUACGUUACUCCUUGUUGUUGAUAUGCAGGAGGGUCUCUUCAAUAUCGCUCGCGACUUUGAUGCCACCCUUUACCGUAACGCAAUGCUCGCCCACUCUUCUCUGGCCAAGGUCUUUAACCUUCCUGUUAUUUUAACCACCUCUGCACAGACUGGUCCUAAUGGUCCUCUCCCCCAGGAGAUCCUCGACCAUCACCCUACUGCUCCCCUUAUCAAGCGUAACGGAGAAGUUGACGCCUGGGACAACUCUGAGUUCCGAGAUGCCGUCCGCGCCGCCAACAAGUCCCAGAUCAUCCUCGCUGGCAUUACUACCGACGUCUGCACUACCUUCCUCGCUCUGUCCCUACGUGCUGAGGGAUACUCCGUAUGGGCUAACGUUGAGGCUUCUGGUACUAAUACCGAGCUUAUCCGUGACGUCUCUAACGAUCGUAUGGCUGCUGCUGGUGUCCAGAUUGUCUCCCUUUUCUCUAUUGCUAUGGACCUUAUGCGCGACUGGCGUAGUACCCCUGGUGUUGCUGAGGUCCUUCCUUGGCUCGACCAGUACUAUCCCGUUUACGGCUACGUCGCCCGUGGCCACCGUGCUGCUGUUGAGAACGGUACUAUCAACGAUGGCCAGAAAGCUUCCCCCCAUCGCUAA